AUGUCUGAAUCGGAUGUCUAUGCUCCGAAUUAUGCGCCGUUCUUCGGUUUUGCAGGAUGCUGCGCAGCAAUGGUGCUGUCCUCUGCCGGAGCCGCUAUUGGAACCGCCAAGUCCGGUAUCGGUAUUGCCGGUAUCGGUGUGUUCAAGCCUGAAUUGAUCAUGAAGUCUCUCAUUCCCGUCGUCAUGAGUGGUAUUCUGUCCGUUUACGGCCUCGUGGUGUCUGUACUGAUUGCCGGCUCGCUGUCCCCCACAGAAAACUACUCGUUGUUCAACGGCUUCAUGCAUCUGGCCUGUGGUCUCUCGGUAGGCUUCGCUGCCCUGGCCUCGGGUUACGCCAUUGGUAUUGUCGGUGACGAGGGUGUGCGAAACUUCAUGCUGCAGCCCCGUCUGUUUGUCGGCAUUGUGCUGAUUCUCAUUUUCGCUGAAGUGUUGGGUCUCUACGGUAUGAUUAUCGCCCUGAUUCUCAACACCAAGGGCUCUGGUUAG